AUGGAGCACGACAAGCUUCAGCGCAUGCACUCUCUGAUCCGCAAGCUGGCACAUGUGGGAGUGCUGAUGGCCGUCGUUGUCCUGCUGAGCUUCGCCAGCAAUGUCCGCACCUUUGCCGAGGACUACAAGUGCAUCGAGCUCUUCGCGGGGCGAGCUUGGGUGACUCGCUGCUUUCGCAUUGCUGGCUUACCCACGGCAUCUUUAGAC